AUGGAGCAAGUGGACCCUGAGGACAGGUGUGUCAAGGUGGCCCUGAACAGUCUGACCCAGGAUCCCCACAUGCGGAGCAGGGAUUUGGAGAGUGGAGACGAGGAAGGUGGGGAGGCAAGGACAGAGGAUACACUGGGAGCAGGUUGUUCCCCAGGAACUGAAGACAACCCUGACUUGCAGUGGCAGCCUCCAUUCUACAAGAAGGAAGAGAAAUUAUCUGACUCUCUUAGUGCUGGGGGCCUGGAGCAGAAACCUAUGGGGCUGUUUGGGAAGAAGUCCAGUGGGGAGAGGGAAGACGAGUGCCUCCAAACCGUGGCCACAUCCCCAGACAGCUCAUCCCUGGAGUGCCUCCCCAGGCCAGGCAGCAGGUGGGACCUCCCCACGAGGGAGACACACAGGCGGGCUCAGGGCUUGGCUGCCCCAGCCAGCCUGGCAGCAGUGUUGGUAAAAGCGUAUAACAGCGAAGAAGUGCAGCGCCUGGCAGGUGCCCAAGCGGGGUGGGGAGGGGUGGGGGGUGGCGGGUGGAGUCGGACAAGCUGCCAGGCCAUGUGGAGCAUGGCCAAGCCCUAUGCUUGCAAGCUUUGCGGCAAGGCCUACUCGCACCGCGGCACACUGCAGAAGCACCGACGCCUUGACAUGGUGGGGCCCUACCCGUGUCCCUUCUGCGACAAGGCCUACAAUUGGUCCUCCGACCACUGAAAGCACAUUCCUACCCACACCUGAGAGAAGACCUGCGGCAAGGCCUUCAUGCGCUCCUCCAACCUGUACAAACACCAGCGCAACGAGCACAGCAACGACAAGCCGUUCUGUGCGUCGUAUGGCCUGACCUUCAACAAAACGCUGUUGCUAGUGCGCCACCAGCGCAAGCAUCUACGUGUGAAGCCCUUCCACUGCCCGGCCUGCGAAGAGUUCACGGUGGCUAAUGGCAUGGUGGAGCAGCCCUUCCCCUGACCCACCUGUGGUAAGGGCUUCACCAAAUCCUCCAACCUGCACGAGCACCUGACGCUGCAUCCUGUCCAGAGGCCCUUUAAGUGCGCCUACUGCGGAGCGGCCUUCGCGCAGCCCUCCCGCCUCGUGUGCCACCAGCGCAUCCACACCAGCCAGAGGCCCUUUCCUUGUCCACAGUGUGGCUGGACGUUUGCCCGCUCCCCAACUCGCAAGCGGCACAGCCAGAUCCACUCUGGGGAAAAGGGCUUCCUCUGCGCCGAGCGUGGCAGCGCAUUCCAUGUUGCCUCAGAGCUGGCCCAGCACAUCCAGCUACACAACCGGGAGAGGCCUUACUGGUAUGAGGACUGCGGGCAGGCCUUCACCCAGUCCAGUCACCUCAGACACCGCACCGAGCACACCUGCCAGGGGCUCAUCCCUUGCUCUUCUGAGGAGUGA